CAAGGAGCACGCCAUAUUGGAGAAAGUUCAUGGGAUUCUAAAGCCGUGUGGUGAAAAAUCCAUUGCCAUCCUCCGACAAGAGAGGACAUAAUGGAGACCACAUACGGCGUAGCAGUUGCCAACAAAUAUUCACUUUUUACAGACGAGGAUGCUGAUCCUUUAGAAAUAUUAAGGCAGCAGGAGGAGCAGCUAAAGAAAAAGAAGGACGAGGUAAAACCGAAGUCCGACAAAUCUGCAAAAACUGCGAAAAACAAGCAGGUGAAAAAAGCUGUUGCUCCUCCUGAACCAGAGCAGAAAGUGAAGCAACAGGACCAAAAUACGAAUAGGAGAGAAGAUAACCGCUCAAAAGGCUCGGGUCAGGGGCGGUCAGAGCGUGGAGGCCGUCCCUUCAGGGAACCACGGGAACAUCGGGACAACGAUGGUGACAGACGUCCAGAUCGCAGGAGAAGGGAAGACAACUCAACAGGGGAAUUCAGAGAAAGUGGUGGAUUUGGGAACCGAUCAGAAGGCAGCAGUGGUGGAGGAUUUGGAAGUCGCCAAGAAGGCGGAUUUGGAAAUCGACAGGAAGGAGGAUUUGGAAAUAGACAGGAAGGCGGAUUUGGAAACCGACAGGAAAGUGGAUUUGGUAACAGAAUGGACAGUUCCAGAGGUGGACGUGGGGGAUUUGGUCGUCGUGGCCGUGGUGGAAGAGGUGGACGGGGCGGUGGACCAGGUGGAAAUGACAGACAAGGCAGGCGGGAGUACGAGAGACACAGUGGCAGUGAUAAGACAGGGAUAAAGUCUGUUGAGAAGCGGGAUGGUGGUGGUGCCCACAACUGGGGGUCCGUCAAGGAUGAGCUAGAUGAACAGUUGAAGGAUGCUAAUGACAGCCAGGAGAUCCACCCCCCAACUGAGGACACGGAAAAUCAGGAUCCCAAUGAGAGUGGGGAGUUGUCUGAGCCAGCCCACGAUGCGGAGCCUCAAGAAGAGGAGAAACAAAUGACGCUGGACGAAUGGAGAGCUCUCCAGUCCCGGAACAGAGUCAAGACUGAGUUCAACAUCCGCAAACCCAAUGAAGGCGUGGAUGACAGUCAGUGGCGCAAGAUGACCAAACUGGCCAAAAAACCCAAGGAGGAAGAGAGCGAGGAAGAAAGUGAGGAGGAAGAAGAGGAAGACGAGAGAGCACGUCAGAAGGCCCUGUUGAACAUUAAAAUCACAUUCAACGACUCUCCUCGCCGUGGGCGUGGAGGCAGGCGGCCGCGUGCCAGUCGUGGCGGGCGAAUGCCCAGUGGUGGUGGUCGUGGUGAGAGGCGUGGUCCGCGCGAAGCUGCGCCGAGGUUUGACGAUGAGAAUGACUUCCCGAGUCUGGGGGUCAUCAAGACGGUGGCGUGAAGGCCCCCCCCCCCACCCAGUCCUGUCUCCUCAGCAGAUGGUGGACUUGUUCAGUUUUCACCCAGACCUUAACAGAAAUGGGGUCAUAGGUUUCAAACCAUUGUGGAUUUUUGCAUUUACAUCACCAUAGAUUCUUGUGUACUCUUUGACUACCUGGUCUACAAUGGAAUGUAGACGGGCUGGCAUGCUGCACGGAUCAUGGGGCACAGCCUCAGGUGCUGCUGCUGCUGCCCAAAGGACUUCGAUUUAUUGUGCUUAAUGGGAGAUUAAAUUAAUGGAGUGCCAACAAAAGACCAGAGCUCCAGAUUCAAGAUGCGGAUUUCCUGGCUCUUCCCCAGUUUGGUUAGGUCUUGUUUACACAAAUCGUUUUGGUUCUCACAUGGCAAGGACAGAGCUGAUGUAUACUUUAGCGUCCAGUUUGGUUACCAGAACUCUUAACCAGUUGUACAGACCUGGUUGUUUUAUGUACAAACUGUACGAACUAAAACUCAUGUUGAUUUCAGAAUGAUAUUGUGGAGCGUGACGUAACUAAGUCAUGACAUAGCCAGAAAGUGCUGAUUUUGUUUUGUUUUCUUUUUUUUUUUACUUACUACCAAAGCCUGGAUCAUUUAAAGGGCUUUAGACUGUUAUGUUCUAUUUUCUCAAAAAGUGAAGAAAACAAAAACAAAAGUUAUUGCUGAGGAAGACCUUAUUCAGAUUGUUAUUAUGGAUUUUUUGAUACCCUUGCAAGGGUAGACAUUACCAUCUGAUAUACCAGACGGUCAAUGACGAAGCUAAGUAAUAGCUACUUUUUCAUUAUGCUAAAUUAAGAUUGUCCAUUUCCAUGUCUGGUGUGAGAAUUUCUGUACCACUAUUUGUUUAUAGUAAAAUGGAAUAAUAAAGCCAUCUGUAACUAGGUAACAUCACA